GCAGUUGUGCUGGGAGAACUGACCCUUUGGGUGUUGACAACAGUGCCUGGGAAUUAGAAACACUCUGGAUCCCCGACCUCAAUGCUUCACAUGCAAGUCCUGAACGAUCAUCCGGAGGGCACUCCUUCAGUACAGCUCUCCUCAUGUCCCCACCAGGUGGUCAGGAGUUAAGAGGAGCCAAAUACAACACAGGUCAGAGGCGAGGACAAGAUGACAGGCUUCCUGCCCCAGAGGAGACUGAUGCUCCUAUUUCUGCUUUUGACUGCUGUUCUGGGGAUCUACAUACUGCAUGCAAAUAUGGACAGGAAGCGGUGGCUUCAAGAUGACCAACACAUUGUCCCGGAUCACAAUGGGUUGCUUUACUCCAAAGAUGACAGCAACAGCUCCUUGGAUUACCGGCUAGAGGUUGAUUUGACACGUGCAAAACAAGAACAGCAAAGAAAGGACGCCCAGUCUAACACCUUACAAACUGCAGUGCGAGCGUCCUUACAGCAGAAUCUAAACUCUUCAGAUUCUGAAAAACGGGAGUCUAACCUCACCAAAGCGUCAGAGGAGCUCCUCAAACAAGCCGAACCCUCAGAGCCAGACUUCUUUGGCGACAGAUACGCCACUGAUGUUCCACUGCAAACCAGCUGUUCCAGUAGUAUUCGGAGAAAGGUGUCUCAAACUCCCUUUGCCAAAAAAUUUCUGGAGAAUGUGCCGGUUCUGCAGUGGGCCAAGCAUUUCUCAGAGCAAGAGUACCAGCGUUUAAGCCGCUACCAAGGUGCCCAUGGAUGGGGCAGUGUAGAUAUGGAUGUUCUGAAGAACUCGCUGGCCCUCUUGAACACUACAGCCAACCGCCUGAUGUUUGAUGACUGGGAGAGAAGAGGGAACAGGUCGCACUGUAUCCGCUGUGCUGUAGUGGGGAAUGGGGGAAUCCUGAAUGGGUCCAAGAAAGGCCGGGAGAUCGACCAACAUGACUAUGUCUUCAGGACGAAUGGUGCGGUCAUUAAAGGCUUUGAGGAAGAUGUUGGCAAUCGCACCUCCCUCUACACCUUCUCCACCAACACCUUGCGCAACUCAAUGCGAAGCUACGCUGGUGUAGGUUACCGGGGCCCUCCUCUGGACAAGGAGACCAAGUAUGUUUUCUUGCCUGAUCAUGACCGUGACUACAUCCUCAUGAGAGCGGCGGCCACACACACACCGAUUGAGAAGGGGCCAGAGAAAAGUGCUAAGCCACCCAGCUAUUUUGGAAGCAACGUGACGGUAGAGAAAUUUAAAAUGUAUCAUCCAGACUUUAUUCGUUACAUUAGAAACAGGUUUCUGUGUUCACACACACUCAACACCAGGUAUAAAAACAUCUACAGGCCAUCUACAGGAGCCGUGAUGCUACUGGCAGCUCUUCAUACUUGUGACCAGGUGAGUGCCUAUGGAUAUAUGACCUCCGACUACAACAAAUAUUCGGACCACUACUAUGACAAAACUCGCAAUCCGGUGCGUUUCUAUGCCAACCAUGACCUGCGGAUGGAGCUGAUGUUAUGGCAGCAGCUGCACCAGGCUGGACUGAUACAGCUCUACAUGCGAACAUAAACACACCACGACACUAACUUGAAGGCAAGGUGUCAAGUGCCCCGUGGGAAGUGGGGUGGAAUAUACUGUGGACAAAAAAAAAUAAACCUGUGUCUGUUAUUUGGCCUCUCUGACUGGCCUAAAGCUCAAUAAGCUGUCACUGGUGAAGGCAAGAAAUCCUUUCAAGACUUUUUGUUUUGUUUUCAGUUUUAUUUAUUGACUGAUUACCAGAGUUCAGUCUCCUAGCUUAAUCAGUGACUCAGGGUGUGUGUGUGUGUGUGUGUGUGUGUGUGUGUGUGUGUGUGUGUGUGUGUGUGUGUGUGUGUGUGUGUGUUGAAGGGAAACGAUUACUGUCCUCACCUGUUGGGAAUAGAACAUCCUCCCAACACAGCCUUGUUGCACACUGUGGCUGCCACAACAGAAUCUCCUGCCUCCUUUUAAAGUUUUUUUUUUUUUCUCUUUCCUUUCAUGUUUGUUAUUGUAAAUUUGACAUUUACUGUCCUUUUUCUGUCCUCUUGUCACGUUCCAGUGCAGGGAGAUCUGCAGGGCUGUUAAAGGUAUCAAGGGUUGGGGAAAUUGGAAAGGAAUCUGAAAGAAGAAAUCUGGAGGUCGUAGAUUUCUCACGACAACAUUUUCAAAAUAAGCAUGUCAUUUGUUCAAUAUAUCCCAUUUUCCAGUUGGAGAAUCUGUUCCAAUGAAGGAGCAACAGCUGCUUUCAAAGGCGGGAAUAGGGAGGAAAUAUGCAGCAUUGGCUGAAGCCAGACAGGCUAUUGUAUCGUUUUUGUUCUAAACCGUCCAUUUACUGAUCAGUAUAAUGCAGCAUGAAGGAAUAACGGCUGAUAAGGUGUUCGAUAAUAGAAACUAUAAUACUGUAAGAUGCCUUCUGUUUAAGAUGCCUUAGGAUUUAAGUGCCGUCUGUGUGUGUGAGUGUGUGUGUGUGUGUGCGCGUGUGUGAGUGCGUGAACACUGUGAAGUGACAUUUUCUGAAGUUUCAGCAACAAUGCAUCUUACUGAUACACUCUACCAAAGAGUAAUUAAUAAAUAACUGUAAUAAAACAUAAUGAAGCAACUUUUAUACCA